AUGGAAAAGGGCUUCUUCAAAGUUUUCAUCCCAGAAAUAAGUGCAAAACGACUUAAACUUCCCACAGGUUAUAUUGAUUACAAGAAUGGAAUUCUACCUAGGAAUGUUUCCCUUAGGGAUAGGUUUGGAAAUAUGUGGCCUAUAGGAGUAACAAAAUCAGAAAAACAUAUUUAUUUUGAACAUGGAUGGGAUAAAUUCAUUGAGGACAACAUCGUAGAGUUUGGAGACUUCAUUAUUUUUGACUAUGAUGGAACUAGAAUUUUUGACUUUAAACUACUUGGAAGAACUGGAUGUGUAAAGAAAGGAGCAGGAGAUUUAAAAUUUUCUAAGAAGAAGGAGGACGAGGAAGAAAUAAAUGUUGACCAUCAAAAGAGUAUGGAGUUAAAGGAGAAUACUUGGGCCAGAGAUAGCACGAACAGUUCAUCUUCUAAUAAUAGUGAUGAGGAUAACAUGGUAGAAGAACAAGAUGAUCGAUACGAGGAAUAUGAAGAGACAAAAAAGGCAUUAUGUUCAAAAUGCAGAUAUUCGAAAGAGAAAGAAGAAGAUGAUGAUGAUGAAAAGGAUGAAUACAAAGAAGAGGAGGAGGAAGAGAAUGAAAGGGAUGGCAUAUUUAACAAACAAACGCCAUGUUCAAAAGUUGAAUGCAAAAGAGCCAGUGCUGGCAAGGUGAAUGAUCCCCAUGAAAAAAUUGCUACAGAUAUAUUCAGAAAUGGAUGUAUAACUAAGCCAAAAAAUCCUUACUUUGUAACAAAAAUACGACCAGAUAGGAGAGAUCACCUGUACAUUCCAGCUGAUGUAGUGAGAGACUACAAACUUGAACUCCCUUCAAGUAUGACCAUUCGUGACUCUGCUGGCAGAGAAUUUGAGGCAAAACUUAAGAUUUGGAAGGACGGUAGAAUAUGGCUAGUUGGCGGGUGGCGCAGUUUAUGUAGGUGGAACAUUGUGGAGAAAAAUGAUACGUGCAUUUGUGAAUUUGUUAGACGAAAACACAACAAAGACCUUUACUUACAAAUUCACAUUGUCUAUGAAGGAGAAGGUUCCCAUCCCAACAAGAAAUAA